AUGAAUCGGUGUCCUAAACCGGUGAUGAAAAGAAGACCUCCGAAGAAGAGUCAGCCGAAAGUAGCAUAUGUGGUGCUUAAUCCCCAUCCAAGACCCGAUUCCUCUCUCCCUGCUUCCCUAAGUCAGGAGAAGAAGGAAAUUCAUGCUUGGGUGAUUCUUGUAGUCAAGCCAAAAUAUCCUAGAUGCAGAGCGAGAUCAAAAGGAAGGUCUUCAGCAGUAACAAGGGCUAGAGCAUUGAUUUCGCCCCCAAAGACAGCCUUUUCUUCCCUUCCAUUGAAAACGCCACUCUUGGCUCUAAGGGAAGUAGUAGAUGUUCCAAGAGUAAAAAGGGCAAAAAGAAUGAUGAGGAGGUUGUAA